CAAAUGGCAAAUCAAGUGACAUUGAAGAAACAACAAGUGUUGUAUUAACAAAUUUGUAUCAACAAAUCUUUUCAACAAAAACAAAAUUUUCUGGACUGCGUGAGUUUGGAUUAAAUAAUCAAUCAAUUAUUCUUGAACAUCUUUUAGAGGGUAUUAAUUUUUGGCCUUUUUUUGUUUAUUUUGACAAAUUUCAAAUUUUUGUAUAUAAUAUUGAAAGUUCAAGUCAGGAUGGUUAUGAAGGUGCGAGUUGUGGGUUUAUGUCAUUACUUAGCAUCAAGAGAAAAAGAAAGAUUUUUUAUGAACAAAAAAUAACUGAAAGUUUUUGUAUUGUUCGAGUAUUUGAAGAAUUUUAUAAAAAAGAAGUAUUCAAAGGAAAAACUCCCAAUGAUGUUUGGAAUAAAAUUGACUUAUUUCCUAUGUUUGGUGGAAAAAAUCUUUUUGGAUUAAUGGAUCCAAGAACUCAACAAAUUAUAAAAAAAAAAUUUCGUCCAGCAUGUCAACCUAAAGAAGAAUCUAAUUUAGAACCAUU